ACAGCUGUGUAAUUAAAAGCAGCUCACAAGCGUUCAGACAGUCACUGUCAUUGUUUGAUCUGACUCCAAAAGAUUUAUGUUUAUUUAUACAGCUUGUGCAAAACAACAAAUGCAAAGCUGCAAUGAGUUCUAUAAAUGCCAGUUUUUCCCAGAGUAUCCUCAUUGUUCAUCCUGAAUACUUUUUCAUCAUUGGACUUUCAGGUAUACCGUACAGCACUUAUUACUAUAUUUUCCUAUUUAUCACAUAUUUCUUUUCUAUAAUUGGGAACUCUAUAGUCAUUCUUAUUAUAGCUCUAGACCGAAGCCUGCACAGUCCAAAGUACAUUGGCGUGUUUAACUUGGCCUUGGCUGACAUUGGUGAAAUUAAUGCACUGAUUCCUAACAUGAUGAGGACUUUUCUGUUUAACUCACAGUACAUUUCCUUCAAUGCUUGUUUAGCAAACAUGUUUUUUGUGUUCUUCUUCAGUUCUAUGCAAAGUUUCACACUUCUUGUUUUGGCAUAUGAUCGCUUCAUUGCUAUUUGUUUGCCAUUAAGAUAUCAUGCUCUUGUGAACAAUACUAGUAUGGCUUUAAUUUUCACAGCAGUAUAUGUAUUUAAUUGUACUGUGGUGUCCAUGAUGGUGUCUUUUAUCACCCGACUUUCAUUCUGUGAAUCUAAUAUGAUACCAAGUUAUUUUUGUGAUCAUGGACCAAUUUAUAGGUUGGCAUGUAAUGACAAUAGCCUUAAUAAGUUUAUGGCAUUUCUCAUUGCAUCUUUAUAUUUUAUAGUACCAUUGGUCAUUAUAGUCCUGUCAUAUCUGGGCAUUUUUCUUGCUUUAACCAAAAUUACAUCUUGGGAAGGGCGUUUAAAAGCCCUAAAGACCUGUGUUUCACACCUUUUGUUAGUAGGAACAUUUUUUCUUCCCAUUUUCUGUGUAUACUUUUCGCAACUCUUGCUGUCUCUCUCACCCAAUGCAAGGGUCAUCUGCACAUCUCUGGCAUAUGCUGUUCCACCAAUGCUAAAUCCCAUCAUUUAUGUCUUAAACACAGCUGAAAUCAAAGAUAUAAUUCAAAAAGUGUUUAGAAACAGAUCUGUUGAAAGUAUUUCAAAAUGAUUAAAAUGUCUAUGAAUUUAUGUUGUAAAAAUGGGAAUUAGAUUACCCAUAUGAAGACUGCAUGCUCAGGUCUCACAGUGGUUUCUAUGAUUUACAGUACAAAAUAAUGUUAUUUAUACGCUUAAUAAUUUAUGAAUCCAGCUAAUUUCAAAUGUCUAUA